AUCCUCUCCCCCCGCGGCUGCCGGGCCGCAGAGGAGGAGGCCGGUGCCGGGUCGCCGCAGCUCAGCCUGAAGCUGGAGGGGCGAAGGUGACUGACGAUGGCAGAGAGAACGUGACCUGCACUGGCCCUUUCCCACCCACUGAGUGGCACCACCAUGCAGAAGCCCAGUGGCCUGAAGCCCCCCGGCCGUGGGGGGAAACACUCGAGCCCAAUGGGUCGGACGUCCACUGGGUCAGCCUCUGCCUCUGCCACGGCGGCAUCCACCGGCUCCAAGGAAGGCUCUCCCCUGCAUAAGCAGGCCUCGGGCCCCUCUUCUGUGGCCCCACCCGCUGCCCCUGAGAAGCCUGGUCCAAAGGCCACCGAGGUGGGCGAUGACUUCGUGGGGGACUUCGAGGUCGGCGAGCGGGUAUGGGUGAACGGCGUGAAGCCGGGCGUGGUGCAGUACCUGGGCGAGACGCAGUUCGCACCCGGCCAGUGGGCCGGCGUGGUGCUGGAUGAGCCUGUGGGCAAGAACGAUGGCGCUGUGGGUGGCGUGCGCUACUUCGAGUGCCCGGCCCUGCAGGGCAUCUUCACGCGGCCCUCCAAGCUAACCCGGCAGCCUACGGCCGAGGGCUCAGGCAGCGACACCCACUCGGUAGAGUCACUGACUGCCCAGAACCUGUCACUGCAUUCUGGCACAGCUACACCCCCGCUGACCAGCCGCGUUAUCCCGCUCCGGGAGAGCGUCCUCAACAGCUCCGUCAAGACAGGCAACGAGUCAGGCUCCAACCUCUCAGACAGUGGAUCCGUGAAGCGGGGUGACAAGGACCUGCGCCUGGGAGACCGCGUGUUGGUUGGCGGGACAAAGACUGGCGUGGUGCGGUACGUGGGGGAAACGGACUUUGCCAAGGGCGAGUGGUGUGGCGUGGAGCUGGAUGAGCCCCUUGGGAAGAACGAUGGGGCGGUGGCGGGUACCAGGUACUUCCAGUGCCCACCCAAGUUUGGUCUCUUCGCUCCCAUCCACAAGGUGAUCCGCAUCGGCUUCCCAUCCACCAGUCCAGCCAAGGCCAAGAAGACCAAGCGCAUGGCCAUGGGUGUUUCAGCGCUCACCCACAGUCCCAGCAGUUCCUCCAUCAGCUCUGUCAGCUCCGUGGCUUCCUCUGUGGGGGGCCGGCCAAGCCGCAGUGGCCUGCUCACGGAGACCUCUUCACGCUACGCCCGCAAGAUCUCUGGCACAACUGCCUUGCAAGAAGCACUGAAGGAGAAGCAGCAGCACAUUGAGCAGUUGCUGGCUGAACGGGACCUGGAGCGGGCUGAGGUGGCCAAGGCCACAAGCCACAUCUGCGAGGUGGAGAAGGAGAUCGCCCUGCUCAAGGCACAGCACGAGCAGUAUGUUGCAGAAGCAGAGGAGAAGCUGCAGCGGGCCCGGCUGCUGGUGGAGAGUGUGCGGAAGGAGAAGGUAGACCUGUCCAACCAGCUGGAGGAGGAGAGGAGGAAAGUGGAGGACCUGCAGUUCCGAGUGGAGGAGGAGUCCAUUACCAAGGGAGACCUGGAGACCCAGACGCAGCUGGAGCACGCGCGCAUUGGGGAGCUGGAGCAGAGCCUGCUACUGGAGAAGGCGCAGGCCGAGCGGCUGCUCCGAGAAUUAGCCGACAACAGGCUGACCACGGUGGCCGAGAAGUCGAGGGUGCUGCAGCUGGAGGAGGAGCUGAACCUGCGGCGCGGUGAGAUCGAGGAGCUGCAGCAGUGCCUGCUGCACUCGGGCCCACCGCCUGCUGACCACCCUGAAGCCACAGAGACCCUGCGGCUGCGGGAGCGGCUGCUGUCGGCCAGUAAGGAGCACCAGAGGGAGAGCGGUGUGCUGCGAGACAAGUAUGAGAAGGCCCUGAGGGCCUACCAGGCGGAGCUGGAGAAGCUCCGGGCUGCCAACGAGAAGUAUGCACAGGAAGUGGUGGACCUCAAGGCCAAGGUCCAGCAGGCCACCAGUGAGAACAUGGGGCUCAUGGACAACUGGAAGUCCAAGCUGGACUCGCUAGCCUCGGACCACCAGAAGUCCCUGGAGGACCUCAAGGCCACCCUGAACUCGGGCCCAGGUGCCCAGCAGAAGGAGAUUGGGGAGCUGAAGGCUGUGAUGGAGGGCAUUAAGAUGGAGCACCAGCUGGAGCUGGGCAACCUGCGCGCCAAGCACGACAUUGAGACCGCCAUGCACGUGAAGGAGAAGGAGGGCCUGCGGCAGAAGCUGCAGGAGGCCCAGGAGGAGCUGGCCGGCCUGCAGCAGCACUGGCGGGCCCAGCUGGAAGUGCAGGCCAGCCAGCACCGGCUGGAGCUGCAGGAGGCCCAGGACCAGCGCCGGGACGCUGAGCUGCGGGUGCAUGAGCUGGAGAAGCUGGACGCGGAGUACCGGGGCCAGGCACAGGCCAUCGAGUUCCUCAAGGAGCAGAUCUCCCUGGCAGAGAAGAAGAUGCUGGACUACGAGCUGCUACAGCGGUCGGAGGCCCAGAGCAAGCAGGAGGCCGAGAGGCUGCGGGAGAAGCUGCUGGUCGCUGAAAACAGACUCCAAGCUGUCGAGUCCCUGUGCUCGUCCCAGCACACCAACAUGAUUGAGUCGAAUGACAUUUCAGGGGAGAAGAUCAGGAUGAAGGAGACUGUGGAGGGCCUGCAGGACAAGCUGAACAAGAGGGACAAAGAGGUGACAGCCUUGACGUCCCAGACUGAGAUGCUCAAGGCCCAAGUAAGUGCACUGGAGAGCAGGUGCAAGUCUGGAGAGAAGAAGGCAGACACCCUCCAGAAAGAGAAGCGGCGCCUGGAGGCAGAGCUAGAGACCCUGUCCCGGAAGACCCACGACGCCUCCGGCCAGCUGGUCCUCAUCAGCCAGGAGCUGCUCCGGAAGGAGCGGAGUCUGAACGAAUUGCGGGUAUUGUUGCUGGAGGCCAAUCGCCACUCCCCAGGGCCUGAGAGGGACCUGAGCCGUGAGGUCCACAAGGCUGAGUGGCGGAUCAAGGAGCAGAAACUCAAGGAUGACAUCCGGGGCCUUCGUGAAAAGCUGACUGGGCUGGACAAAGAGAAGUCACUGUCAGAUCAGAGGCGCUACUCCCUCAUUGACCCAUCCUCAGCCCCUGAGCUCCUGCGGCUACAGCACCAGUUGAUGAGCACAGAGGACACACUGCGAGAUGCACUGGACCAGGCUCAGCAGGUGGAGAAGCUCAUGGAGGCCAUGAGGAGCAGUCCUGACAAGUCCCCGGCCAUCGGCAAUUCUGGUUCUGCAAACGGCAUCCACCAGCAAGACAAGGCCCACAAACAAGAGGUAAGGGGCACUCUGGCCCCAGGGGACACCCUGGAACUCCCAUCACCCUCCCGUACAGGCAGAAAAAAAGCCUUAAAAGUCACCAAAAAUACAAACAAAGAUGCAUUAUGCAAAGGCUUUACAAUAGGACUCUCACAGAGGAACCCGGGCAGUUCAUCUUAAUUCAGAAUUUAUCCUGCUUUUUUAACCUUGUUUCCUUUUUUAAAAAAUGUUUAUUCUAAAGUAAUGCAUGCCUAUUGGGAAACUUUUGGGGGGAAAAAUACACAAAAAUAUAUAAAGAAGAAAAUGCUAGUAGCCCUGCUACUCAGAGAUGACCAAGGUUAGUGUUUGUAAGUGGUAGCCUUCCUGAACUUUCCUAAGUAUGUGUAUGUGCGUAACUCAUACGGGUACAGUCAGUUCUCAUUCACAGAUUCGACAUUUGCAAAUUUGCCUACUCACUAAGAUUUAUUUGUGACUCCAAAAUCAAUAUUUGCAACAAUUUUGUGGUCAUUCAUGAACAUGCACAGAGCAGAGCAAAGUUUGAAUUGCAUGUUCCCAGCUGAGAAGUAACAAGGCUACCUCUGCCUUCUUGUCUCAGUUCUCAUACUGCAAACAUGUCCUUUUUGAAAUCAAUUUAGUGCCACAUUUUUCACAUUUUGGUGUUUUUUCUUGGCAAUUUCUACUGUUUAAAAUGACCCCCAAGUGCAGUGUUGAAGUGUCUCUAAAUGAGAGAAGAUGGCUCUGUGCCUUAGGAAGAAAAUCAGUGUGUUAAAUAGGCUUCGUUCAGGCAUGAAUUACACAGUAAGUCCUCACUUCAGGUCAUUCAUAGGUUCUUAGAAAUUGCAACUUUAAGCAAAAUUGACAUAUGACAAAACCAGUUUUGCCAUUGGCUAAUUGAUAUAAACAAGAGUUAAGUUCCUACAGCAUUAUUU